AUGAGAAUCGACCGUUUCCGCACAACUUGGGGUAUUGAGCCUGGAAACAACUUGGAAAAUUGGGCCAAGUGGUUUCAAGAGCUCAAGACGCUUGGCUACAGUGGCGUCGAAGUCAACAUCCACCAACUAGAUCCUGAUAACCAUUUCCCGCUAUUGCGAAAGAUUUGCGAUGAUCUUGACUUUGAAAUUAGCGCUCUGGCACACUCUUCCUGGGUUGAUUAUCUGGGUCCUCGUCCAGUCGGUCUAAAAGCGGCGGAUCACUUGCGCAAUUACCGAGCAGCCCUCCAGCUGGCUGAACCGCUCAAUCCAGUUUCCUUCAACUUCCAAUCUGGAGAAGACGCGUGGAAUAUUGAAGAGUCUGUAAAGUUUUAUCGUGGCACACUUGGCGUUGAUAAAGAAUUUGGUCUUUCGGGUCGAGUCUACCACGAGACUCACCGCAAUCGAUCACUAUUCACUCCAUAUGCAGCUCAGCAGAUCUUGAGAGCCGUGCCUGAGUUACGCAUCACAGCCGAUUUCUCGCACUGGAUGAUUUGCCUCGAGCGGCUGCUGGAUAUUGGCGAAGGCGAUCGCGCCAUGAUGGAUUCUAUUAUUCCACAUGUAUAUCACAUCCACGCGAGAAUUGGAACGACUCAAGCUUCUCAGUGCCCUGAGCCGUUAAAUCCUAUCUUCGAGCAAGAAAGACUUUGCUUUGAAAGACUAUGGACGAAGGUCAUCCAGUGCCGGUUUGAACAGAAUCCCGAAUCCAGCAUAAUCAUAGUUCCAGAAUAUGGUCCUUUCCCAUACCAUCCCAUUGGUAGCUCCAAGACCCAUGGUCAAGUUGCAGAUGAGGAAGGUAAGCGGUUACAAGUCGCGUUCACGCAAUUAGCAUCAAGCCUGAAAACUACGUAA